AUGCUCAUCUUAAGAACUCUUUCAGAUGAAGUUAUUCCUAAGGCUCAUUCAGAAACCGUGUCUCCAACAAUGUGUGACGGUGGUGGAAACCUUGUCGAGGGACCUAUGCUUUCUUCUAUCUUGACUGAGGCAGAAAUAGAGGCUUCCCGUCAAAGGAGGGAACAUGACAGUCACUUUGUCAAAACAUACCGGAAAGUGUCUGGUCAUGACCCUGGUGAUGGUGAAUUUUUUUGUCAUACAGAGUGUAAGGGACGACAUGAUAUUGUGUCUUGGGUCAAUCCAGGUGACCAUCAUAGAGCUGAUGAAAUGGAUGAUAAGUGA